AGUGUCAAAGUCGUCGAAACUUGAAACGGGUUGAAACGUCAAACCAAAUCACAGUUUUUUGUUUACAUUUACAUCAAAGAAAAUGUUCAUAACAAACUUUGUUUGCUGUGUAAUUAAUAGAUUUAAUUUCCAUUGAAAAUGAAGCAACGCAACAAAAGGGAUAUUCGUGAUUUUAUUUAUAUAUUUCAAAUUUUAAUACGGAUAUUACUGGUGUUUCUUCCGCAGACCGGUUAUAUUCAUCCCGAUGAAAUUUUUCAAUCUGUAGAAGUUUUAGCAGGUAAAAUUUUGGAUGUUCAAUACAGUCCACCAUGGGAGUUCAAUGUCACGAGCCCAAUUCGAAGUAUGACCAUUCCAACUUUCACAGUGGGCCUUAGCUAUGUUUUUUUAAGAAAUUUCAAUGGUCUCGCAAAAGUAUUUUUGAACCAAGCUUUGCUUACACCUUACAUGCUACUCAUUGUGCCUAGAUUACUCAUGUGUUUUUUCUCAUUUGGUGUUGACUAUUGCUUAUAUAAACUCUGCUUAAAUAAUAAUGAAAAAUAUAAGUCCAGACUAAUAAUAUUAAGCAGCUCAUAUGUGAUGUUUGUGUUUGGUACUAGAACUUUUUCUAAUACUGUGGAAUUGAUAUUGUUUUCAUUGUUAUUGUAUUUUGUGUGUGAAAGUUUAACUUUUAAUAAUAUUUUAUUGAAAAGGAAGGAGUAUGUAAACUUCAGAUAUGAUCAAAGCAAAACCACUGCAGAUAAAGCUAAAUUUCAUAAAUUGCGCCUAUACCUAACUUCAGAUUCAUAUAGAAACUGUUUUUUAAUUAGUACAUUAACUGUUUUUGGGUUUUUUAAUCGACCUACAUUUUUAGCUUUUGCUGUGAUACCUAUAUUUUUUUGGUUGUACAGAGGUAUAGGGAGUAAAUCUGUGACUCCUCUAACUUUUUAUUCUAGACUUUUAGUAUUUGCUAUAUUUUCCAUUCCUUCAUUUUUGCUAAAUAUUUUAUCAGAUUCUUUUUAUUAUGGUUACCUUACUUGGGGUGAAGUAGGAGUUUUAGAUAUCUCUAUAAAUAAUUUUGUGUUUACGCCUUUAAAUUUUCUGAGGUAUAAUUCACAGUUAGAAAAUUUGGCUAUACAUGGGCUGCAUCCUAGGUUUUUGCAUAUCUUGGUUAAUAUUCCAUUGCUUUUUAAUGUUGUUGGAGUUUAUGCAGUAUGUACCAUUGGAAAGUAUGUGUACUUUUGCUGUUUGAGAAAGUUAAAUCUUCUCCCAUCAGUGAGAAGUAUAAAAUGUUUGAUGACUCUAUCCUUUAUAGUACCUUUGGCAAUACUCUCAAUUUUUCCUCAUCAAGAACCUAGAUUUCUGAUACCUUUGAUUCUUCCAUUGGUAUAUCUUCAUGCUAUUGCAAUAUUGCCAGAAAAAGACCAUACCAUAGUAGAAGCUCCAAAAGUACCAUCUACUGUGCAAUCCAAGAAGGGAACACCCAGUACUUUUUUGCUAAAAAUUUGGUUACUAGUCAAUGUAAUUCUAACAUUACUGUAUGGAUUUGUUCACCAAGGAGGCGUAUAUCAAGCCACAGAAUAUUUGUCAUACCAGAUGGGUGCUGUAUCUACUAACACAGAGUACCACAUAGUUACUAGUCAUAUCUAUUCCAUACCAGAAUCAUUUUUCUUACAGCAUUCCAAGUAUCAACUGUACUUAAAAGGAAAGAUUAAUACUGUAGUGAGUAAAAGAGUUUUUUUGUAUGAAGAGGGUUCUAAGGACAUUUCUUUAAUUACAAAAAAAUUGAAAUUAUUACUUGAUUUGAGAAAAUUCAGUGUUAAGGAGUCAAAAACUUAUUUAUUAAUCUCAGGUAGCUUAGAAGAUAGUUUGGAUUAUGAAUUUAGGGAAAGCAAUUUAAAACUUCAUCUCAUUAAGAAGUUUUACCCACAUUUGAGUUUCGAAGCUUUUCCAGAUUUUUCAAUUUAUUGUUUAGAUUUAACAAAACCGUUAUAUAAAUAUAACUGUUUGCCUUUGCCAUUAGAACAAUAUAUGAGGUGGAUUUUUAGUCUUUUUGGUCUCAAUUUAUAUAGGGUUGAAUUCAAAGCUUAAAUGAUUUUAGGGAAAUGAACUAAGAAUUAAAGGCUGCUUUUAUUGUUUUUUUUUAUAAUUUAUUAAAAAAAAGGUUAAUAUAUGAUUAUAUUAUCUAAUUAUUUACAAAAAGUGUCAUAUUUAGAAUAUGUGAAAAAACUUACAACAUCAACUGAUCAUCUAAUUCGUGUUUUGGUUGCAGACUGGCAACCAAAAAUGUUUUCAAUUUAGUUCCUGUUAGUACACUAUUGAAAGUAUUGAAAAAGGCAUCAAAUAAAACAGUUAUGUCAAUCUAAUCUUUAUUUAGCCAUUAGUCAUACGACGUAGUAGUCUCACCAGUAAAAUUAAUUCUCUUAAGCUGAAAAUAUACUUACCCCAUCGAAAUAGAAUAAACACUAAACACUAUUUUGCGAUAUGACAGAUGGACGCAUUUCGAGUGACGGAAAAGUAUAAUAAAAAUAGCAACUUGAGUGGUUCUUUGAUUUCUUUGAAGUCAAUAAUUUAAUAUUUGAAGACUGACAGUUUGACAUAUGACAUAAAAAUGUAUUGCAAAGUUGCGGACAUUUUAGCAUCUUCAUAGCAUCUCCUUUUUGUUCUAUCUCAAUGACAAAUUAAUUUGGGAUUAUUAAGAUAUUAAGGGGCCUAUUCUGUAACAAUUCCUUUAUAUUUAACGGCCUUUAAAAAUAUUGUCGGCCUUUAAAAAUAUGUUCGUAUUCGUUAAUUUACUUCUAUCAUUAUUUAAACAGAUUUCUUUAAGAUAGUCCUCUAAUGUAUUUUAAAGAUCCGUUUAAAUAAUGACAGAAGUAAAGAAGAAAAUAUUUUUAAAGGCCGUUAAAUAUAAAGAAAUUGUUACAGCAUAGACCCCUAAGUCUGGUAUAAUAAUAAUUUUCGAAUUUCACCUUUUUUUUUUUGUUUUUGAGUCAAUAAAUUUUCGAAAUAAUCUUCAGUAAUGUAAAGUUAACAGUAAAAGUUAAAUCGCAUUGUGUUACUGAAAAAAUUAUUAAAGUUUUUGAAAUUGUUAUUAUGCAAGGUUACUGCUAAAUCCCAUACAGCACAAAAACAUUUCGGAAAUAUUUCAAAAAAGUUAUAUUGAACUAUUUGUAAUGUAUAAAUAUUACGAAAUGUCCCAGAAAAACAUUUUUGAAAUGUGCCUGAAACGUAAAAAUGUAAUUUAAAUAUAAAAUUUCACAGUAACAUUUCUGUAAUAAAAAUUUGAGAUCAUUCAGAAAUAUUACAUAAUAAUAUUUCAGAAACCCAGACAGCACACCAAAUCCUUUGGAUAUCUACUGAACAUCCCAAUAUCCACUGAAUGUCCAGUCCAUGGUUGAUAUCCAUUUUAUAUCCAUGAGAUGUAAUUUAUAGACAUGGACAUGUCCAUAAAUAAUAGUAAUUAUAUAGCAAAUUAUUAAAAAAUUACGCCAUUGUGGCUAAUAGUACCGUUCAGAUAUUUAAAAUUAAUUUUUUUAAGGUGUAUUUAAUAUCUCAUGGACAUCCACUAAAUAUAUCGAAGUCUAGGCGCGAACGCAAACUAUCGUGGAUAUCCACUAGAUGUUAUUUGAUUUUGCUUACUAAAUAUAGAUGGCGAUACCACUUACACAUCUACUCAUGCUCGACCCGCCGUAAUUGAGUUCGAUAGAAAUUUUUGUCCUCCAGACUCCAUUAGAGACUGGAGUCGAGAAUUUCCAUUUAUUGCUGAAGAGUCCUAAUAAGGAUGACUUUCUCCUUAGUGGGCAAAAUCAAAGGCAGAGUGUUGAAAAUAUUUUAAGUGUUGAAAAUAUUUUUUAUCUCUGCUAUUUUCUUUCGACGUUAUUCAAUAAUCAUUGGUUACUUAUGAACCUCUACUAAAGAUACCCAUAAAAUAUUUUGCUGAAUAUCCGAAUAUCUUCUAUAUCCUGGGAUAUAGACGGACAUUUGGUUGGAUAUCCAUAUUGGAUAUUUUGAAUAUCUCUGGGAUUUCUUGUAUUUUCUGGAAGAUACCCAUUAAAUAUUUUGCUGGAUAUCCAUUAGGAUAUCUUCUAUAUUCUGGAUAUAGACGGACAUUUGGAUAUCCAUAUUAGAUCCACGGAAUAUUUCUGAUAUCUUGUGGAUAUAUUGGAUAUCCACAAAAGAUAUUCUGUGGAUAUCUCUGGGAUUUGGUGUGUUGUGGUGUGUAUAUUCUAGUUUUUUUUAUAAAUAUUAUGAAGCGUUGUAGAAAUGUUUCUAAAAUAUUAUUAAACUAAAAAAAGACAUUUAAAAAUAUACUUGUUUAUUUAAAAUACACAAAACAGAAACAUUGAUUUUUAAACAAAUAAACAAAUAAAUAUCUUUUAAUCAUUAUUUUAUAAAAUAUAAAUGCACUCAUCUAAAACAAAUUAUAGGUACUUAAAAAAGGAUUUGAUACAAAUUAUUUGAUUAUCAAUAGUUUUAUUAAUAUUGUUUUAAAUUAACUAUAUUAAAACAAACAAUAGGUAGGUACAUGCCUAAACAAAACAUGAAGCUCUCCUUUUUAACCAGAGCUGUAUAACUUAAUAAAUAAAACUAGAUGAAGAAACAGAAAAUGUAGCCCAGACAGCACACCAAAUCCUUUGGAUAUCUAAUGAACAUCCCAAUAUCCACUGAAUGUCCAGUCCAUGGUGGAUAUCUAUUUUAUAUCCAUGAAAUGUAAUUUAUAGACAUGCAAAUGUCCAUAAAUAAUAGUAAUUAUAUAGCAAAUUAUUAAAAAAUUACGCCAUUGUGCUCGCCACUGUGGCUAAUAGUACCGUUCAGAUAUUUAAAAUUAAUUUUUUUAAGGUGUAUUCUAUAUCCCAUGGACAUCCACUAUAAAUAUAAAUAUAAAUAUAAAUAUAUCAAAGUCUAAGCGCGGACGCAAACCAUCGUGGAUAUCUACUAGAUGUAAUUUUUGAUUUUGCUUCCUAAGUAUAGAUGGCGAUACCACUUUCGUAUCUACUCAUGCUCAACCCGCCGUAAAUGAGUUCGAUCGAAUUUUUUUGGCAAUCACACUAUUAGAGAUUGGAGUCGAGAAUUUCCAUUUAUUGCUGAAGAGUCCUAAUAAGGAUGACUUUCUCCUUAGUGCCCUUAUAGUGGGCAAAAUCAAAGGCAGAUUGGAAAUAUUUUUUAUCUCUAUUUUCUUUCGAGGUUAUUCAAUAAUCAUUGGUUACUUAUGAACCUCUACUAAAGAUACCUAUAAAGUAUUUUGCUGAAUAUCUGAAUUCUAUAUCCAUAUUGGAUAUCCACAAAAUAUAUUCUGUGUAUAUCUCUGGGAUUUCUUGUAUUGUCUGGAAGAUACUCAUUAGAUAUUUUGCUGAAUAUCCAUAGGAUAUCUUCUAUAUUCUGGAUAUAGACGGACAUUUGGAUAUCCAUAUUAGAUCCACGGAAUAUUUCUGAUAUCCUGUGGAUAUAUUGGAUAUCCACAAAAGAUAUUCUGUGGAUAUCUCUGGGAUUUGGUGUGUUGUCUGGGAGGUUAUACCUGUAAAUUUGAUAAACGAAAUGGCGUCACUCGUCUCAGUAAAUGAGAAAGUAAAUUAACCUAACCUUACUUAUAAGCUUUAUUUCUGUAGUAAACUCACCUCAGUUUCUAAAUACAUUCUGAUUUUCAUAUAACAGCACAAUACAUAAAUAAAUUGACAAAAACCGACAACAAAGGCAAACGUCUAAUUAUUUAGAAUAUGGGGUUGUCUCUGGCUCGACAUAAGGAUGAAAUAAAAUGACUAUAUAAUCCAUCUUUUUCCUCCUCUUCUUAAAAAUCAGAAAUUCUUCAUUAAGUGUUGGUCUUUUACAACAUACUCCGUUUAGUAACCUUUUGUGUAACAUUUAUACCAGAGAUAAGGGACAUAAAGAUGGGAAACGCUCAUAAGAAGCCCAUGCUUAACAACGACCAGCUCCAACGCAGUUAAUAUAUGACCCACUAUGUGGCGCUUUGAUCGAUAUCAAAUAAAUAACGCACCGGGAAAUUUAAAAACCUGAAAAUAAAGGUUGUAUAAAUAUCGACUGCACUCUCAUGUAAUUACACGCUAAAUUAUUUAUUAAAAAGAAUACUACAUUUACAGUCUAUUAUCGAUUAAUUAUUGUAAAUCUAUUCCUGACAAAUAUUUUGUAAUUUUUGAUCGGUACCUAUUUGUAUUUUUAACAUUUUUUAUUUCAUUUUCCAGUUUCCAAACGAAUGGCCAAACGGUGUCCGAUUUAAAAAUAUUUAGUGCAAACUCAAUAAUGGGAAUUCGAAUAUUUUUCUUCCUAUAUCAAAUCUUCUCUCUAACAUUUUGAAACCAUUUUCUAGUUCUAAAACAAUAUAUAUUUACUUUGUAACUAAAGUUGCCUACUGCUUGUGUUACUUACAUGGCUAGAUCUUUUGUAAAUUAAACAACCACAACCAUUUCGCUUAGUUCAUCUAGAUUAUAACACAAUCAUAAACUCAAAAUUUAAAAUUCAAAUUCAGGAUUCUACGACAUACAUAAAACUAAUUGACAUACACAUACACGUUCUGCUGUCCACAUUUACUGUCUAUCUACAAACGACGUGUACCUUUAGUUAACAUCUUUAUGUACAUAAUCUCUGAUUUACACCAUGUUUUAAAAACAUUUUCAGUAAAAUAUUUAACUAAAAUAUUUUAGAAACUUGGGCCUGAAAUUGUAUAUGUUUGAAAUAUUUCUGAAACACUUCUGAAAUAAUGUGUGCUGUAUGGGAAAUUAAGCAAAGAUGAUUGCAAAAAUGAAUCUAAUACUCUUUGUUAAAUAGACAUAACAGCUUGAUGAUGUGAAUCUAUAACAAGAAAUGAUUGAUGAUGAUAUUUUUUUGAUAUACCUAUUUUUUAUUAACCGACUUCAAAAAAGUCGGUUAUCAAUUCGUCGCGAUAUAUUUUUUUUAUGUAUGUUCAGCGAUUAUUCUUUAACACGGUGUCCGAUUUCAAUGAUUCUUUUUUUGUUAGAAAGGGGGUACUUUAGGGGUGGUCCCACAUAAAUUUAGUCAAAAUCUAAUAAUUGGGUCCAUGAGAAAAUCUUCAAACUUCAUUUUUUAUGUAUGUUUAGCGAUAAUGCUUUACUACCUUGUCCGAUUUAUGAUUCUUUUUUUGUUAGUAAAGGGGUACCUCAGGGGUGGUUCCAUAUAAAUUUGGUUAAGAUGUGGUGAUGGAAUCUGCACGUUUUUGAAGUCGGUUUUUUUAAAUUUUUAAUUUCUAAUACUUGUUAUGUAUCUGUUACCUUUUAUUUACACACGUUCAAAGCAUUUUAUAUAUUGUAAUUUUUUUAUACAAUUAAAAUAUUUUUCA